AUGUUCAGUAGCUGUGACAAGACAAAAGGCAAAACAGAAAAUAACCCACCCCCACCCCCCAAGGAAGCUCUUGUCCUUAAAAGAACUCUGCUUUUUGACAGCUCCCUAAUUGAGAUGGAAAAACUGAUCUCCGAAGCCAAUGCCACCUGCCUGGGCAUUAGUGAGAGACCAGUAGGAGGCAGCAAGGCAGAACCUAAUUGGAACAUUCUGCCCCAGAGCCCAGGGAGGCUUGGGAGCUCCAAGCUCAGUUGGCUGCUCUGGCCCUUUAAUGAGCAGCGUGCUCCCAGUGAACCACCAGCAGGUGUUGCUCAAGUGCCGAGCUCAGCCUUCGGGGCUGUCUUCACGUUUGGAGAAAACACCUUUGUCGUCCUCCCCGAGACGAGGGGGAAACUGAGGCUCCUAUUGGCUGCAGUGGCCCUGACUCUCCCUGCCCCACGAUUAGACUCUAAGCCAGCCUCGGUGGUCAUCCGGCUGCUCCCUGGGAUGUGUGCUGCAGGGUGUGACCCAGCCCACACUCAUACACUGCCAUGUGCAGAGUCCGGACUCAAGGCUGGCUUUCUGGGAGGGGGCAAAGGUCGGAUGUGGGACGUGGGGGCCGUUAUCCGGACACUUUCCGCUCCUCCACCUUUUCUGUGGAGACAUACAAACAGGGACCUUUGUAUGGCGUGCUUCACCCCAGCCCCGGGACCAGGUACCCCCAGGAAGACGCUACACUUUGAGAUCUCCAAAGAAGGUAGUGACCUCUCUGUGGUGGAGCGUGCUGAAAUAUGGCUCUUCUUGAAAGUCCCCAAGGCUAACCGGACCAGGACCAAAGUAACCAUUCGACUCUACCAGAAUCAGAAGCAAUCCCAGAGCAGCUUGGAUGGGGCAGAUGAGGCCGAGGAGGUGGGCAUCAAGGGUGAAAAGAGUGAGCAAUUGAUAUCUGAGAAGGCAGUCGAUGCCCGCAAGAGCACCUGGCAUAUCUUCCCAGUGUCCAGCAGCAUACAACGCCUAUUGGACCAGGGCAAGAGCUCCCUGGAUGUGCGGAUUGCCUGUGACCAGUGCCAGGAGACAGGUGCCAACCUGGUGCUCUCAGGCAAGAAGAAGAAGAAGGAAGAGGAGGGAGAAGGGAGAAAGAAGGAAGCUGGAGAAGGAGGGGCAGGAGGAGAUGAAGAGAAGGAGCAGACUCACAGACCUUUCCUCAUGAUGCAGGCCCGUCAGUCUGAGGACCACCCGCAUCGCCGCCGCCGCCGUGGCCUGGAGUGUGAUGGCAAGGUCAACAUCUGCUGCAAAAAACAGUUUUUUGUCAGCUUCAAGGACAUUGGCUGGAACGACUGGAUCAUAGCGCCCACAGGUUACCACGCCAACUACUGCGAGGGCGAGUGUCCCAGCCACAUAGCAGGCACUUCUGGCUCAUCCUUGUCCUUCCACUCCACGGUCAUCAACCACUACCGCAUGAGGGGGCACAGCCCAUUUUCCAACCUCAAGUCUUGUUGCGUGCCCACCAAACUCCGGCCAAUGUCCAUGCUGUACUAUGAUGACGGGCAGAACAUCAUCAAGAAAGACAUUCAGAACAUGAUAGUGGAGGAGUGUGGCUGCUCCUAAGCCCUCUCCUGCCUGGUAGAAGGAGGGGGCCCCCGGGGCUGGGGGGCGAUGGACAGACAAGAGGGAAAAAGACACAGGAGACAGCGAGAAGGCAAUUCAUGACAAGACACAAGACCCUCCUUUGGGGUGGAGUUUCUCCGUGAAAUAAAAUAAACCGAAGACAUAUGAAGGAAAAAUGCAGACCAUCAUUAGCCUGGGUUCAGAGAAGAGCUAGGGGCUGGGGAGGGGAGGAAGAGGAGAGUCUCCCCCUUCCUCCCUUCUUCCCAAGGAGAUCAAACUGGCUACUUUGGUGGUAGACGUGCAGCAGCCUCAGCCCCCUGUUCCCUCUCAGCGUGAGCCCCAAGCUCGGCUCCCCUAACUUGCCGUAACUUGGAUUCCCCCAUUCCUAAGAGCAUCCAGAAAGCCAUGUCGUGGAACAUUCCCAGGGACU